CGCCCCUCCCUCCGCCCGCUGGCCCGUCCGUCAGUCAGUCAGGCAGGCAGUCGGUCCGAGUGGUGGUGUCCUCUCCUGCUUUUCUAAGCGGUUCCGCCCUUGCUCCUUCCCGGUCGGCAUCGGCAGCUGCCCUCGCAGCGGCGCGGUCCCUCCGGGAGGCGCGGCGUGGGCCGAGCGGCGGCUGCAGAGCGUCGAGCCCUUCGCGGCGGAGGCGGCGGCGGCGGCCCGGCAGCCAACAUGGCGGCGGCGGCGGCGGCGGGCGCGGGCCCGGAGAUGGUCCGCGGGCAGGUGUUCGAUGUGGGGCCGCGCUACACCAACCUCUCGUACAUCGGCGAGGGCGCCUACGGCAUGGUGUGCUCUGCUUAUGAUAAUGUCAACAAAGUUCGAGUAGCUAUCAAGAAAAUCAGUCCUUUUGAACACCAAACCUACUGCCAGAGAACCCUGAGGGAGAUAAAAAUCUUACUGCGCUUCAGACAUGAGAACAUCAUUGGAAUCAAUGACAUUAUUCGAGCACCAACCAUUGAGCAAAUGAAAGAUGUAUAUAUAGUACAGGACCUCAUGGAAACAGAUCUCUACAAGCUCUUGAAGACGCAACACCUCAGCAACGACCAUAUCUGCUAUUUUCUUUACCAGAUCCUCAGAGGGUUAAAAUAUAUCCAUUCAGCUAAUGUACUGCAUCGUGACCUCAAACCUUCCAACCUGCUGCUCAACACCACCUGCGAUCUCAAGAUCUGUGACUUUGGCUUGGCCCGUGUUGCAGAUCCAGACCAUGAUCACACAGGGUUCCUGACGGAGUAUGUAGCCACACGUUGGUACAGGGCUCCAGAAAUCAUGUUGAAUUCCAAGGGCUAUACCAAGUCCAUUGAUAUUUGGUCUGUAGGCUGCAUUCUGGCAGAGAUGCUGUCCAACAGGCCCAUCUUCCCUGGGAAGCAUUAUCUCGACCAGCUGAACCACAUUCUGGGUAUUCUUGGAUCCCCAUCACAGGAAGACCUGAACUGUAUAAUAAAUUUAAAAGCUAGAAACUACUUGCUUUCUCUUCCACACAAAAAUAAGGUGCCAUGGAACAGGCUGUUCCCAAAUGCUGAUUCCAAAGCUCUGGAUUUACUGGACAAAAUGUUGACAUUCAACCCUCACAAGAGGAUUGAAGUAGAACAGGCUCUGGCCCAUCCGUAUCUGGAGCAGUAUUAUGACCCAAGCGAUGAGCCCAUUGCCGAGGCGCCAUUCAAGUUUGACAUGGAGCUGGACGACCUGCCCAAGGAAAAGCUCAAAGAGCUCAUCUUCGAAGAGACAGCUAGAUUCCAGCCGGGAUACAGAUCUUAAAUUUGUCAGGACAAGGGCUCAGAGGACUGGACAUGCUCAGACAUCGGUGUUGUUCUUCCCAGUUCUUGACCCCGGUCCUGUCUCCAGCCCGUCUCGGCUUACCCACCUUGACUCCUUUGAGCCGUUCGGAGGGGCGGUUUCUGGUAGUUGUGGCUUUUAUGCUUUCAAAGAAUUCCUUCAGUCCAGAGAACUGUUCCUGGCAUCCCUGUGUGUGUCACCCACUGGUGACCUGUGGCAGUAUGUACUUUCAGUGCACCUACUGCUUACCGUUGCUUUAGUCACUAAUCGCUUUCUGGUUUGAAAGAUGCAGUGGUUCCUCCCUCUCCUGAAUCCUUAUGUGCCGCCCUGCUGACCCAUGCAGUCACACCAGAGAUAGUUCUUUCCAAAUUGGCUCUCGUCACUGGCCUCUCACUUUAUGAUAGGGAAGGCUACUACCUAGGGCACUUUAAGUCAGUGACAGCCCUUUAUUUGCACUUCACCUUUUCACCAUCAGCGUUUCCCCGGAGCAGGAGCAUGUGGAAACACCUGGGAUGUCUUUGCAGCCUGCAGCAGGUGCUCCCAUCUCGGGAACCUUUGGGGGCACUUGCCCGUGUCUUUCCUCAUAUCAUGUUAGUCACUAGCAUAUUUAAGGUUUGUGCUGUUUGCCCAGCUUUUAGAAAACUCAUUUUUCUAAAUAAAAGAAAGAAGUACUGCACCCAGCAACUUCACUGUCUAGAUUUACUGUGGUUUCUCACACUAUUCAUAGAGGUAAAACACUCACCCAGAUGUGUUAUCUGCAGUACUGUUUGCAAGGCUUACACAGAAAGAUUGAAAGUGGCAGCUGCACUCGGGAUUUAGUGAGAGAUGGACACUGGAGCAGGGCACUAAGGAAGGCGUGUGGAGAAGCAGCCCGCAGGCCAGCUGGAUGUCAGGGCAGAGCUGCACACGCAGGGGUACACAUGCCCCCAAGCUCCUUCACACGGCGUGCCACGUUCAGUGUAGCCACGUCCAAUGCCUCAGGAUUUAGCAGAGAGGAGCCCUGCGUCUUUAAAUAAGAAAGUGUACAAUUCUUUUUCCUCCUCCAGCAUGUCAGCAUCUCAAGUUCAUUUUUCAACCUACGAUAUAACAAUUUGUAAUAAAGCCUUCAUGAGCUCAUGACAUGAAGCACUGUUCUGUCAUCAAGUACUCUCCAAUGUUUCUGAUACAGCUGAGCUAAGACCAUGAGAAAAAGCUAGCACUAAGUCAUGUUUGGAGCUCUAGCCCAUAUUAUCCUGAUCUCUUUAAGUAUUUGUUCCUGCCACUGCAUACUGUGGCGUUGACUUGGUGUUCUGUCCCAGUGCGGUGCCUCCUCUUUACUCCCCCACUGCUCUCUGUGGUGAGAAAUUUGCCUUGUUCAAUAAUUACUGUACCCUCGCAUGACUGUUACAGCUUUCUGUGCAGAGAUGACUGUCCAAGUGCCACAUGCCUAUGAUUGAAACGAAAAAUUUAUUGUUACCUCUGAGUUUGUGUCCCACGGAAAUGCUAUCCAGCAGAUCACUUAGGAAAACUAAUUCUAUUUUUAGCUUUUCAUUUCUCAGCUGUCCUUUUUUUCUCGUUUGGUUUUUGACAGCAAUGGAGAAUGGGUUAUAUAAAGACUGCCUGCUAAUAUGAACAGAAAUGCACUUGUAAUUCAUGAAAAUAAAUGUACAUCUUCGAUCUUCAUAUUCAUGUUAAUAUUCAGUGUCGAUUUCCUCUGGAUCAGCGUGUCCAAAUGGACAGUCCGCUCCACUCUGUGCUUGGAGCAGAAAUGCUUGGGGGCCUCCUCUUUCCACCCAGGGAACUGCCCCAACACUGGUUUAUAUAAAAUGAUUUAGAGGGCAUUUCUGGUUUCCCUUUGCAUAGCAGAGAAUCGACUCUCUGACAUGUUCCUUUACUCAAAUCAUAGGUCUAAAAUAAUAUGUCAAACUAUGGUGAAGACGCCCAAACGUCAGGUUGCAUUCUCUGGUUCUCGUGUGCCCCAGAAAUGCUGCUGGGCACCAUCUGAGUGCUGGGAAGGACUGCCCAGUAUCACUUGGCCCACACCAACCGGCCAGGGUGCUGAUGUUCACACCUCACAGGUGAACAAAGGACGGCUGACGCAGCCUCAGAGAUCAGAACCACAUCUAGAUUCUUGCCCUAAAGUACGUGAUUUUCAUCUCCGUGCUCAGAGCUGCCAUGUAAAGGUCUGCACGGCAUUGAUAGGAUAGAGGUUUGACUGUUACUUGAUAUAUUGGUGAGUCAGUUUUCAUUUUCAAAGAAGCAUUGACAGUUUUCUUACUCUUAUUUCUUUGUCCUUUUUAAAUGGAAUGUUAGUAUUAUGAGGUUAAUCUGCAGUCCUCUAAAUAGAAAGCCAUAGCCUUGGUUACUAAAUACCUGGGGACUGCAGGCUGUUCCAUCCCCCUCGCUGGUACUGUGGAGUCAGAUUGGCAUGAAACCACUAACUGCAUUCUAGAAUCACUGUAGUCAUAAGUUGUGUGCUUCUUAUUAAUCAUGCCAAACUUGGUUUAACAGGUCAGAGAAUUGUCAUAAUCAAGGUACCUGUGAAAAGUACUAGCUAUUAUGUGUGAUAGGCUUGUCAUUUGGAAUCUUCUUCCAUCUCUAAAAAUGUACUGCUUAGAUCAUCCAGAUUCCUUAUUGGUGAUACUGAAUGCCUCCAUUUUUAGUAUGCUCAGAUAAGCUUUCAGACUAAUGGCUUUUUUGGUGUCUAAAAAGUAAGCAAAAAACUCCUAUUGAAACAUUCCAGUCUUUUCAUUUAGUGUGAAACAAAAUACCUAACGAAGCCAGUGGAAUGGAUUUGAGAGAACUCAUGACGACUCUGUGCUGACACAAGUCUUCAAAGCUGAGGGAGACACGCAGACCAUUUUGAUGCAUGGGUAGAAGAAUACCAUUGUGUUUGUGUGCAGUACACAGUGCGUGGUGUGUUCACAGUCUGUCCUGCUGCUGCAGGCAUAGGUGAUGGGUGUGCAGGGUCCUGCUGGCUUUUGGAGCCACACGUGGCUCAUCACUGGUUGUGUCUAAGUAAAGAGUCACACAUGUAUGCUGCCCACACCGCAUGCCACAUAACGUUCAAACCAUUUAGAGGAGACUAUUUGACCUUUAUUUGCUUAUAUGUUAAUACGGUUUUUAAAUUGGUAACUUUUAUAUAGUAUGGUAACAGUAUGUUAAUACACACAUAUGCACACAUGCUUUGGGUCCUUCCAUAAUACUUUUAUAUUUGUAAAUGUUUUGGAGCAAUCCCAAGUUUAAGGGAAAUAUUUUUGUAAAUGUAGUGGUUUUGAAAAUCUGAGCAAUCCUUUUUGCUUAUACAUUUUUAAAGCAUUUGUGCUUUAAAAUUGUCAUGCUGGUGUUUGAAAUAUGAUACUCGUAUAGUGCAGAUGAGAAGCAUGUAACAGUAGAUCUGUGGUCUCUCUCACUGUAAGCCAGUUCGGCAUCAUGGAUCGGAAAUGACUGGGAAUCCAGAGGGAAUUCUCUAGGGUUGCACCAGGUUUACCUAAAGCUUGUUGCCUUUUUUGUGCCGUUCAUCCGUGUAGAGCACUCGAGAAAGUUCUGAAACUGCUUUGUAUCUGCUUUGUACUGUUGGUGCCUUCUUGGUAUUGUACCCCAAAACUCUGCAUAGAUUAUUUAGUAUAAUGGUAAGUUAAAAACAAAUGUUAAAGGAAGAUUUUAUUAAGAAUCUGAAUGUUUAUUCAUUAUAUUGUUACAGUUUAACAUUUAUUUGUGGUAUUUGUGAUUUGGUUAAUCUGUAUAAAAAUUGUAAGUAGAAAGGUUUAUAUUUCAUCUUAAUUCUUUUGAUGUUGUAAACGUACUUUUUAAAAGAUGGAUUAUUUGAAUGUUUAUGGCACCUGACUUGUAAAAAAAAAAAACUACAAAAAAAAAUUAGAAUCAUUAAAUUGUGUCCCUGUGUUACCAAAAUAACAUAGUACUGCGCAUGUAUAGCUUAAUUGGAAUUUCAUAUGUGAACAUAAGAAGUCGUCUAAUCCUUUAUUACAGUGCUUCCCAAAUGA